UUAUUGUACGUGUAAAAGUAAUCAAGCAUCUAAUAUGGAUGGAUAGACUUAUCAACGAAUAAACGAGCCACCGUCAAAUUCACAAUUGAUUUGAAUUAUGCCUUGUAUCUGGCUACACAGAAGACAGAACCAAUAGUGGGUCCGUCGAGUCUGGCUUGGGUCAGGGCAAAGCCCGUUCCAACAAGCUUUACAGUCUUACAUUGAAAAUAUUUCCGUGAUUAUGUGAUUUAUUUCAAGGGGGAGAUAUUUCCAAUGCAAAAGGGGUUACUGGAACGGUGCGAGCAUCGAGUUGCCCUGAUAGAAGCCGAACUCGGGUCCGGAGGCCCGAUAAUUUACCAUCUGGCCAUGUCUGAAGAAUCAGGCCUCAGCUCCGACCAUGUAUGGAGUAAUUACCCACAAGAUGCUUCAGCCGCACAUCGAGAACAUCUCUCGAAUCCUCAUGUUCUACAGCUUUCAAGUUAUUCGGCCCCAGACCCUUUACUGGUCCGACCGGUUCUGGUUGGAACCUCAAUCAACAAACCAAUUUUUGUUUCCAGUUCGAUCGUACAGAAAUACCGAUAAUUUCACUAUUUGAGUGGCAUUUUUAGUAAUUUAUUAUCAAUUCAACCCCCACUGGCCACUUCCACUUGGCUUGGCUAGUUGGCUUAGCUUUGCUUUUCCUCUACUCCCUUUCCAUUGAAGUCUUUUUGGCGGGAAGUGGGACCCAGCAAUCAAAUCUCUCUGUUUUCUUUUUUUUUGUGUUAAAUGCCACCGGCAACAGCACACACACACACAGGCCAGAGCUGCGCCGUCGUCGUCGUAGACGUUUGGUUCUUUCUUUCUCUCUCUCUGUCUCUCUGGGAAACUUGAAACGCUGAGACUCUUGACUUUUCAAUAUUAUCUCUGCAGAAUCGAACACCAAAAUGAAGCUCUUUCCACUCUUCUUUCUCAUUCUGCAGCUCCACGCAAAUCUUACCUUUUCUCUAUCUCCCGACGGUCUCUCCCUUCUCGCUUUAAAGUCUGCCGUUGAUCAAACGUCGCAUGCCUCCGCCUUUUCCAACUGGAACGAACAGGACAAUGACCCAUGCAACUGGUCUGGAAUUUCCUGUAUCAACGUUACUGGAUUCUCCGAUCCUCGUGUCGUCGGAAUCUCCCUCUCCGGACUGAAUCUCCAAGGAUACAUUCCGUCUGAGCUCGGUACUCUCGUCUUUCUUCGACGUCUCAACCUCCACGGCAACAGGUUUUACGGUUCUAUACCCCUUCAGCUCUUCAACGCUACGUCCCUCCGCAGCAUCUUUCUUUACGGUAAUAACCUCUCUGGUCCGCUUCCCCCUUCGACUUGCAUUCUUCCUCGGCUUCAGAACCUCGAUCUUUCUCAAAAUUCGCUUUCAGGAUCCAUUCCUAGAGACCUGGGCAAAUGCCGUCAGUUGCAGCGGCUUGUUCUGGCCAGCAAUAAGUUUUCUGGAGAGAUCCCGGAUGGAAUUUGGCCCAAGCUGGAGAACUUGGUUAAGCUCGAUCUGUCAUCGAACGAAUUCAAUGGAACUAUCCCGGCGGAUCUUGGCGAUUUGAAAUCGCUCUCCAGAACUCUAAACCUGUCAUUCAAUCAUUUCUCUGGUGUGAUCCCGGCAUCACUUGGAAGAUUGCCGGUGACGGUAAGCUUCGAUCUGAGGCAUAACAACCUCACCGGAGAAAUCCCUCAGACUGGAACUUUUGCAAAUCAAGGCCCGACCGCAUUCCUCGACAAUCCCUCCUUGUGUGGAUUUCCUCUCCGGAAACCUUGCAGCGGGAAUCCCCAAAAGAACACCUCAGUGAACCAAAAUCCGACAGCGGUAUUUGAUACUAAUCCAAAAAAAGGAUUGAAAGCAAGUUUAAUAAUCUUAAUUGUGGUGUCAUAUGCCGCCGGAGUCGCAGUAGUCGGUUUGCUCAUCGUCUAUGUAUAUUGGAAAAGAAAAGAUUCAAAAAGUUGCAGCUGCACCAGUAAAGGAAAGUUGGGCGGUGGAGGUGAAGGCAAAAAAUUGUUUUCAUGCUCUUGUUGGAAUGCAUUCCUGAGCAACUACGAUUCGGAACUGGAGUCUGAUGAGAAGGCAGGAGGUAAUGAAGGAGGAGAAGGUGGUCUAGUUGCUAUCGAUAAAGGGUUCACGUUCGAACUGGAUGAGCUUCUGAGAUCGUCGGCUUAUGUUUUGGGUAAAAGCGGAUUGGGGAUCGUGUACAAGGUGGUGUUGGGCAAUGGAAUUCCGGUGGCGGUGAGGAGAUUAGGUGAAGGUGGAGGGCAGAAGUAUAAAGAAUUUGCAGCGGAGAUACAGGCAAUCGGACGGGUUAAGCACCCCAAUAUUGUGAGAUUAAGGGCUUAUUAUUGGGUUUCUGAUGAAAAGCUUCUCAUCUCUGAUUUCAUCUCUAAUGGCAACUUGGCUUCGGCUCUUCGUGGGAGAUCUGGCCAACCAACAGGGAGUUUGUCGUGGUCGAAUCGGUUGAAGAUUGCCAAGGGAACGGCUCGGGGCCUGGCCUACCUCCACGAGUGCAGCCCGCGUAAAUUUGUACACGGAGACAUUAAGCCUUCAAAUAUCCUACUUGACGCGGAUUUCCAUCCAUACAUCUCCGAUUUUGGACUCAACCGCUUGACCAGCAUCACCGGCAACGACCCCAGCUCAUCCGGUGGUGGUGGCCUUAUGGGUGGGGCCCUCCCUUAUAUCAAGCCCUCCCAAACCGAACGAUCUAACAAUUCUUAUAGGGCCCCUGAAGCUCGGGUCCCCGGUAGUCGCCCGGGCCAGAAGUGGGAUGUUUACUCGUUUGGGGUUGUGUUACUCGAAAUGUUGACCGGAAAGUCUCCAGAAUUCCCAUCCUCUACCACAUUAACAGGACCCGAUGUUCCGGAUCUGGUGAGAUGGGUGAGGAAGGGAUUUGAAGAGGAGAGUCCGCUGGCACAGAUGGCGGACCCAAUGCUGCUCAAGGAAGUACUCGCAAAGAAAGAGGUGCUCGCCGUGUUCCAUGUGGCCCUUGCAUGCACGGAGGCCGAUCCAGAGGUGAGACCCAGAAUGAAGACCGUGUCGGAAAAUCUCGAUAGGAUUAGGACAUGAAAAACUUUGUCAAUCACAAGGUUUUGGAGUCAUUACAUACAUCAACGUUCAUUCAUCUUGCUAAAAGUGUUUCCAUUUUAAAUGAAUGAUAGCUGAUUUGGGCUCUCGAGAUAUUUCACCAAACAUGGCUUAAAAACUGUGCAUGUAAAACUCUGUGCUUCAACUCUCCCCAAAUGAGCACUUAUUCUUCAAUUUUUAGGCCCUGUUUGUUUUUUUGUAAGUUAUCUACUUAGGUAAGAUAAAUGUAUUUAUCUCAAUAAUUGUAUUCAUCCAUAUUGUUUUAUUUUCCAGGUCAAUAAGAUAAUCGAUCAUUUUAAUCACAAAAAA